UGUUUUUAGAUUAAAACCCAUUUUCCAAAUUCCACCAACGAAUCCUCCUCCUCCUCCUUCUCUUCUCAACGUCUAUCUGCAAAAAAUCCUCUCUCCCUCUUCUACUUUCCCUUUUCCCGAGGCCUUACCCAUCAUUACAACACCAAAAUUCCCACACCCCAUUUCCCAUUUCCCCCAGUUCUUCUGCAUUUUCCAUCUCCCACCUGCCCAUUUCCUCGAAAUCAACGCAUUUCAUCUCCUCUUCCUCUCCUCUGAUUCUAAAUUUGUGUAAUCUCUUCUUUCUCCUCUGUUUUUUUUUUCUUUUAUUGUUUUGAUUUCCUUCAUUAGAUUCUGUUGGUUUGUUUUUGUUGGGUAUUUGAAUCAAUUUGAGGGGAAUUGUGUUUAGAAUUGAAGAUUUUGUGGGAUUGAAGGUUUGGAUAGAUUGGAUAAUAUUUUGGGUUUGGGUGUUCUUUUUCUUUUUUGUUUUUCGAUGAUGGGAGAGUGUGUGGAUCUAUGGUGGAGGUGGGAUGGUGUUAUGGUUCCGAUCGAGAUAAGAAUUGAAUGAUCUCAUGAGAUUGAUGUAAUUUCUUUUUUGCUCUUUGAUUAUGAAGCUGGAGGGAAAUUAUGGCAGGGUUUUGGAUCAUGGUAUGAUGUGGUUAAAGCACUGAUAAAAUUACCAGUAUGGUUGGUGGGGAAGAAAAUGACUUAAAUGAGCCAAGUUUGUCAAAUGGCCAAGAAACUCCACGUCAAGAUGUUAGAGCUGUUUCUUCCUUUUCAUCCUCUUUGUCAUCCUCUUCGUUUGAGAACGAGUUACACGAGCCUAGGAACGAGAAUGCCCAAUCUCAAUCUAAUGAAAAUCCCUCUAGGAACAAGAAUGCCCAAUCUCAAUCUAAUGAAAAUCCCUCUCGUGAACUGGUUCUAUACGACUCUUCUGCUAAUGAUGGAGGUGCAAAUGAACCUGUAUCCACACCUGUUGAGCAUCAGCGUCCACCACUUCUUGGACACUUGACUCCCAAUUCUUCUAGAGUCUUACCGUCAGUAGGGGCCUUUACUGUACAGUGUGCAAGCUGUUUUAAAUGGAGGCUCAUUCCAACGAAGGAAAAAUAUGAGGAAAUACGUGAACAUCUGUUAGAGAAACCUUUUUACUGUGAAACUGCUCGUGAGUGGCGGCCUGAUAUCUCUUGUGAUGAUCCUGCUGACAUUACUCAAGAUGGUAGUAGGCUUUGGGCAAUUGACAAGCCGAAUAUAGCACAGCCUCCUCCUGGCUGGCAAAGGCUACUACACAUCAGAGGUGAAGGAAGCACCAAGUUUGCUGAUGUGUAUUACAUUGCACCAUCAGGCAAGAAGCUUCGUUCGAUGGUGGAUAUCCAGAAAUACCUGAUUGAACAUCCAGAGUACCAAACAGAAGGUGUAUCCAUGACACGGUUUUCAUUUCAAAUCCCAAAGCCUCUGCGGGAAAAUUAUGUGAGAAAGCGGCGUCCCAAUAUGAAUGCUUCAUGUGACGGUUCUAAGCUUGAAUCUGGUGGAGUGCAUCCAAUAUCAUGGGCUCGUCCAGACGAUUCUACUGCACUGCAGCUUGGAAAGCCGGGGCUCUCGGAACUGCUUUUGACUGCACCGGUUGACAAUCCCAUCACUCGACCGGUAAAGAAGGUGAAAAGAGCUCUAGCAAGGGAGAUGCGUAGAAGUUCUCUUGCAUCGACGGAACCUCCUGCUGUAAAGUUGGAACGUUGCUUUGAUAAAUAUGAAAAGUGAUCUUGUAUUUUAUUCCUUGUUUUGUUGCAUUACAUGGUUUCAUCAAAGUGGAAAAGGAGAUGUAACUCAAAAAGAUGACAAAAGGAGGAAUUUUGGAAAGGAAACUGUAACAGAGCAUGUAUAUUAUCAUCAUAACCUUUUAUAGGGUAAUUUUUUGCCCUUGUUUGUUUGGUUUAGUUAAACAACACACGCGUGGGGUAUAUGGCCUUAUAUCAGUUGAGUUAUAUUCUAUCUUCGGAUAGAGAUAACAUGAAGAGAACAAGAGGGAAAAACAUGCAUACUGUGAAGAAUGUAACUGAAGAUUCUACCUCAAAAGUCUUGUAUCAUAUGAAUUUAAAAAUUCAACCCUCAAAUUAUUUUCAAA